AUUCACUGGAGAAGCUGCUCCCUGUAGCCCUGGACAAUGUGCUGCCAUGGAGAUGCCCACCCAUGGUGGUGUGCAGGGAUAGGCCACCAUCCCCUGUCAACGUGACUGUGACGCAGCUGAAGGCAAACUCUGCCACAGUCUCCUGGGACGUCCCAGAAGGAGAUGUGGUCAUCGGCUAUGCCAUCUUACAGCAGCGGCAAGACGGACAGAUGCAGCGCUUCAUCCGGGAGGUGAACACCACCAACCGUGCCUGUGUGCUGUGGGACUUGGCAGAGGAUGCGGAUUACAUCAUCCAGGUGCAGAGCAUUGGCCUGUACGGAGAAAGCCAGGCCAGUAAGCGUGUCCACUUCCGAACCCUGAAGGAGACCGACCGUCUACCUUCCAACAGCUCCAACCAAGGUGACAUCACCAUGGAAGGGCUGGACAAAGAGAGGCAGCUCCAGACAGGCGAGAUUAUCAUCAUCGUGGCUGUGCUGCUCAUGUGGGCAGCGGUGAUUGCCCUCUUCUGCAGACAGUACGACAUCAUCAAGGACAACGACUCCAACAACAACAAGGAAAAGACAAAGCCAUCCUCGGAGCACAGCACACCGGAGCGACCGAGCGGAGGGCUACUGCGGAGCAAGAAGAAGUCUCCCUCGGUCAAUAUAAUCGAGGUGUAG